GAGCGCUCUUCAUUUCAUGGUCAAUCAAAUACUUGCAAUAUAUUCUUUGUGAGUGAGAGAUUAACAAAGAGAGGAUAUUUCAUUUUUAGAAAGAAAAGAAAAAAGAGAAAGUGAUGACUAUUUCUGGUCAUUGGGCAUUUGCUUUUGGUGUCCUUGGAAAUAUUGUCUCGUUUAUUGUUUUCCUUUCUCCACUGCCAACAUUUAAUAAAAUUUACAAGAAAAAAUCAACAGAAGGAUAUCAAUCAAUUCCAUAUGUGAUUGCUCUUUUUAGCUGCAUGCUUUGGAUUUACUAUGCAUUUUUGAAGACCAACACAACACUUCUCAUAACAAUUAACUCCUUUGGUAUGUUCAUUGAGACUAUCUAUGUUGGUCUCUACCUUUACUAUGCACCAAAGAAAGCCAGGGUCCAUACUGUGAAAAUGCUACUAUUAACAGUGGUUGGUGGAUUUGGUGCAAUAAUCCUAGUUACUCAAUUUUUAUUCAAAGGAGCCGUUCGUGGACAAAUUGUCGGAUGGAUUUGCCUUAUUUUCUCCUUGUGUGUAUUUGUAGCUCCCUUAGGCAUUGUGAGACAAGUUAUUAAAACAAAGAGUGUGGAAUACAUGCCAAUUCUCCUAUCAGUUUUUCUAACAAUAAGUGCUGUGAUGUGGUUCUUCUAUGGUCUUCUACUAAAAGAUAUCAACAUUGCUGCUCCAAAUAUAUUGGGAUUCAUCUUCGGUAUACUCCAAAUGAUACUCUAUGCGAUUUAUCGCAAGAAAGAUAAGCCAAUCGUUAACCUUAAUCUUGAGGUGCAAAAUCCAGUAAUAAUAUUGGACGAUAACAAGAAGAUUCCAGAAUUAACCGAAGAACAAAUAAUAGACAUAGUGAAACUUGGUAAAUUGGUUUGUUCAGGUAAAAUUCAAAUGGCUUCGACACUGAAUCAAAAUGCAGCUAAUGAAGUGAAACUGACCAAUUUGCAAACUGUGGAGGCCUAACACUUAUGUGAACUUUCAAGUUGCACACCAUGUGUAUUAUUUUAACAAAAUUCCCAAUGUACUGUUUGAUGGGAAUCAAGUUUGUUGUGUUGUAAUUAAGUUUCAACUCAGUGUGUUUCAUUUCUCAAUUAAAUCAAGCUCCCUUAAACUUGGGACAAUUUGUUCAA